AUGGCAGAAGCAGCAGGUGUUCUGUAUACAGUUGAGCAUGUGAUCGAGGGUGGCCUCGCACUAGCAAAAGGCAUAUACGACCCAACUCUACCACUCAAAGCAACCAUCAGACCCAUCACCGAUGUGAAUCUGCCACGAGUACACCACAGUGUGUCUGAAGUGAAGGGAAGAGCAUACGUAUUCGGAGGAAAGACCGAUGGUGAUCAACUCGCAGAUAAUGCCAUGCACAUAAUCAUCCUCCCUUCCUCUGGCAUCGAAAGCACUGAUUACAAAUGCCUUGAAUCAACAUCUUCCUCGCCACCCGCAAGAUACGGUCACAGCACCGCAGUGAUCGACGACCAAAUCUACGUCUUUGGCGGCUCAAACGCCAACGGACCUCUGGAGGAGAAAGGCAAAGUAUGGGUGUUUGACACAGACACAAACUCAUGGUCUGGUUUGAAUGCUGCUGUAGGAGAUGUACCUAAGGCUAGGGUGUGGGCGGCUGCUACUGCCAGUGUGCAGCCUCAACCCGAGCAUCAGAGGACGGAUGAGAAUGUGGCUCCGCAGCUACCUCCUGAUCCGGCGAAGAUGGUGCCUGAGCCGUUGAGUCCGAGUACUUAUGGUACUUUUGUUUUGUAUGGGGGAGUUUGCGGGGAGAGCGAGAGUACAAACUCAGAACUCUGGACCUUCGACAUCGCGUCAAGAACCUGGUCCCAACUUCCCUCACCCUCAACUACCACUUCCUCCACAAACGCCAGCAUAGCCCUCCACAACAACCGUCUCUACCUCGUCUCAGAAGCCUCAACCUACUACCUCGACCUCUCCUUUUCUGCGCCCUCAUACAGCACAUCCCGUAGCAUAGGACCCACAGCAUUGAGUCCCUGGUCAACCACACCAUCCCCGAAGACGGAGACUAAAUCACCACAACCAUCUUCAACAUCCCUCCUUCCAAUAACCACAGGCCAAGGCCGCAACUACCUCCUCCACGUUCUCCCCUCUGCCCUCUCAACCCUCCAACUCCCCUCUUCCUCAACUACAGCCGCCUCCCUCAAAGACCGCGCCCGCAACGCCAUAAGCAAGAAGAACGCGACUUACGACUGGGCAGAAGUGCGUUACUUUACUGCUGAAGGCGUCAUGGUACAGGAAGGUCAGAACGGCAGGGGUAUUGGAGGCAGGGAAGACUUUGCAGCGACAAAGGUCAAGGAAAUCGAUGGUGGGUGUAUUUUCGUGUGGGGAGGAUUUGUGGAUGGAAGGGUCAAGGGUGAUGGAUUAAUGGUCGAGGUUGAGAAGUAG